AUGCAUUGUCUGACCACAUCUCAAAGCUGUCUACGCUCAGCAGCUGAGUCAACUCAAUACGGAGAUAGCACAGCGCCACACUGAAACCGAGUCGUUUCCUGACAAGUCGGGAAUGGAUUUUAAGAUGGACAUGAGGUUUGGGGACUCUCAUUCCUAAAAAAACAUUUGCACUCACUCACAGACACACACACAGACACCCAACCCAAUUUAAUACGGCUCCAUGGCUACUGAUACCACUGGCAGAGAGGAGACUGGGAGAGUUGGCUGGGUGGCAUUUCCUGAUGAAGGUUUCCAGGCAACUGCAGAGCAGCAAAAAAACGACAUGAGUAGCAGGCCAAGCUCCGCCCCCGUGGACACUUCCUCCUCUAUAGAGCCUGUGGCCCCGCCUCCCCAACAGAAUGCCUGGGUCUUAUUUGAUGAGAAGCCCUGGCUCUCCCCAGUUCCUCAGAAGCAGGUGAAAGGUCCCAGAACCAGCUUGUGUUCAUUGGCCAGUUUCUGGAGUGCCGGGCCCUCCUCUGAAAGCACCUGGGCCACCCAAUCAGAAUUGAGCUCAGUCAGCAUGGGGGCAUCGUCCUGUGACCUGCCCUCCCUAAACGCAGAGGACACCCCCAACGGGACGUCAUCACGACCACAGUCACGCAAUUCCUCCGUCUUUGCAGAUGAUGAAGGUAUAGACAUGGACUCCACAAGCUGGACUUCCAACAACAAAGAAAUACUUGGGCCUUCGAAAACCCCCUUCAACCACCGCUUAUCCACCUGGGUAACCUUCGACGAUGACGAGGGGCAGCCCCAUCAACAGCGCCCUGAGAUGCCGUCUCAUGUCAAACUGGACAGUACCGACCACAGCCCUCUCCAGGAUGGCAACAGCAACCUCAUUGGAGUCCCUGAACGGAACCAGAAACAAAACCAUGCUUGUGAGCUCCGUCUGUUGGGUCUCACACCAAAUGGUUCCACAACAACAGUACUUGACCCACUUCUUAAGAAUAGCACCCCCUACAAUAAGAAGAACCCGUUCCUGGAUGAAGAAUUAAACAAUCUCCAGCCCUCUCCCAUCAACCCUUUCAGCUCCUACUUUGAUUGUAAACAGGAUCUGGGCGGUACUGAGGAAAUGCGGUCGACAACGGACAGUAAAGGCACAAGUCUGGAACAAUCGUGUUCCCUUUCACCGUUCUUCAAAUCCCACAAUUUCUAUGCCCAACAGGAGCCCACUUUCUUCUUCCCCUCCAAGAUUGAACCCGCCGGUGGGAGCCGGAGGGGAGAAGGAGGACAGACGCUGGUCUUUGACCGUCCUUCCCCAGACUGCCUGGACUUAAACCCACUCAAGAACCUUCACAUCUCCGAUCCGGACGAUCCAGGAAGCCCAACCAUUCCCGAUGACCCGUCGGAAGAGGAGGAGGAGGAAGGCAGGCCAGAGGGAACAGAGGUGGAGACCCCGUACCAGCCAGACCACAUGAACCCCAGGGAGGGCUGGACCAUGCUCCUCCGCAUCCCGGAGAAGAAGAACAUCAUGUCUUCCCGCCACUGGGGACCCAUUUACGUCCGUCUGUCCGACGAGGGAGUACUGCAACUCUUCUACGAGCGGGGUCUGGACAAACCCUUCCGGACCGUCGCGCUGAAUCCCAACCUCGAGGUGUCAGAGCAUCGCCUCCAGAGCUAUGAAGAGACGAGCAGAGUCCACACUCUCAGCGUGGACCUCGUCCAAUACCGCGAGAGGAAGCGCCUCCAGCCAAAGUCUUCCGUCGCCCAUCAGCCAAUCCGCGAGCAGCUGGUGAAGCUGGGCACCACUUGCUACCAAGACUACCUGAGCUUCCGCCACGCCGUCGUGGAACUGCUGCGGCGGUUGCCGUCGGCGGCCUCAGCGAGGGGAUCUCCGGGGCUCACCUCGCCCUUCGGGAGCGGUCUCUCUGAGGAGGAGAUCCAGGUGGAGGUGAGGGACGACUUCUACGGGACCGUUGGCGAGGGAGACGGGAGGAUUCGGGAGCAGUUGGUGAUCACGCGUGUGCACGUCCUGGCGUUCCUCUCCGGGUCCCCCGGCUGCAGCCUGGGACUCAACGACGUUCAGGUCAAAGGGAAAGAGGUGGUGUCCAGACAUGACAUCAUCCCCAACAGCACGACCAGGUGGAUCCGCUUACGGGACUGGGAGCUGAACGACGAGCACGCCGACGAGUUAAACUUCCUCUCUUCCCACGCCGUCACCUUCACCCCUCCAUCCUGUCGGCGUUUUGAGCUGCUCCGCUUCCGUACGGCCUUCGCCGAGAAGACCCUCCCCUUCACACUGCGCACUGUCGCCACUAUCCGCGGAGCGGAGAUCACCCUCCAGUCUUGGCUGCUGAUGUCACAGGGCUUCUCCUCCAAUCGAGACACACUCAACCUGAUCCCCUGCGAGAAUGUAGCGGUGCGUUAUCCCAUUCCAGAGAUCUGGGCCAAGAACUUCAAGCGGGAGGGGGUCAUGGGAGAAAGGUCACUGAAGGCCCGUUUCAACAAGGGGGCCAGCUUUGGCACAGCAAGCACUUCAGGAUCUGAGCCUGUGAUGAGGGUCACACUGGGAACGGCCAAGUACGAGCAGGCCUUCAAAGCUGUGGUGUGGAGGAUCAACCGCUUACCUGACAAAAACUCAGCACUGGGUCACCCUCACACCUUCUUCUGCCGCCUGGAGCUGGGCUCAGACAGGGAGGUACCAGACACGCUGCAGAAACACCUGGAGGUGGAGUUUGACAUGCCUGCAGCAUCCGCUUCCAAAGCCACGAUCCGCUCCCUCUCGGUCGGGGAGAGAACUGACGUGAAGAAGUGGGUCAGCUACAGAUCGCACUACUAUUACCAGGUCCCCAUAGAGCAGAAGAGAGACAGCAUCACUGAUGGCAGCCCGACACAGGACCAGCCUGGAGAAUGUGCACAGCAGUGAAGAAGAAAAAAACGGGACUGUCUGGACACAGAAAUGGGAGCUUAGAGCAGAAACCAAUGGUUAGAUGGAUGUCAGAAUGGACAAUGAGAAGAAGGGGAGGAGGGGGAGUCACUUUUGCACUUUGAACUUCGAACAGCAGGACUGGAGAAGGAUGCCUUUGUGUUUAGACUCACCUGAAGGUAGUCUAGAAAAUUCUGAGGGUUCUAUCAAGGUUCUUGAUUCGAUCUGUUGUUUCUUUGUUAUACAGUCCACUUGGUGUUACUGAGAGAAGCUGGUUGUUUUAUGCGACAAUUAACUUAUUUCGAAUGGAUCCAAGUUGUCUGGUUUCCCCACAGGGGGGUGUCACGUGCCAGGGAGACGUUGCUGAGCAGAAAGUCACCUUUGCUUGUGAUCAACCAAUUGGAUGCUUUCAACAGAUGGAAAGGAAUUAUGAACUCUAUGUGGUGACGGAAUUGGUUCUAGUGUUGCUUCAUCUCGUUCCCAGCCUUACUGUAGAAUAUAGUACAUGUGUGUCAGUAACUCAUCAGGUUUACGUAAUUCAAGGGAUCAUGAUGAAAAUGACCUUGGUUCUUUAGUCAAUAGGUAAUUAGUCUUAAAAUGAGUUAAGAGAUGACAGGCAGAGUAACUAAAACUAAGCGGAUAUUGCAAAACAAUUCUAUGCAAUAAGUUUAAAGGUUAAGAUUGAAUUCUUCAAUCAUUUGAGUGGACUAAAAAUUCAUCAUUCAUGGACAGCUAUAUCUCCUGUGUUCUAAAGCCUUCCUCGAGAACGUCAGUGUGACUGUUUAAUUCUUCCUCUGGAAACAAACUAAAAAGUUACUUGUGAAAUAAUGCCUUAACACUGUAAAAUCCUGAAUCCUCUCAUUUCAAAAUGGUCAGCAUGUGCUUGAAUAGUUGUAAUAGUUGUAAAAAUAAAUUCAGGUAUUUGUUGUGUAAAUUUGACAUGUAAUGUUUAAUGUCCAUCUGCUACUAAUUUGUGUAAGAUACUGUAUGAACAGCUGCCCUUGAAUUUAUUAAAGGUCUACAAAUGGAUGUUAACGGGUAUUUUGCACUAUUGUUGCUAACUUGACAACCUGCAUCGGGGCAAAAUCACCUACCAUGCCAACUUUGAUGUCAAUAAAAUGAGUCUUACAU